AUUGACUCCUCCCCUGGAAAGAAAAUGAAGAGUGCUGCCAGACCUUGGAAUGCAAUGGCAAAGCCAGGGAACCAUGGGAUUGACCGAGGAAAACCUAUCCCCGCUGCUUCCUCGGGCAUGAAGACCUCCAAAUCCUCCACUUCCCUUGCUUUUGAAUCUCGGCUCAGCAAGCUGAAAAGAGCUAGCAGUGAUGACAUGCUAACAAAGCCGGGAGUGACAGCAGCCUCCAGAUUGAAGAAGACCAUUACAACAGGAGCAAUUUCUGAGCUUGCUGAGAAUCGACUGAAGUCCAGCACAGGAAUGGUUUCAUCCACGAAGCGCACAGGGAUUCCGGCUCCGCGGGAAAUUCCAUCAACUGUCUCCAGAGAGAGAGCUGUGCUGCGUGGUCCAGCCAACACCAGGAAAACUCAGCCCAGUCCAACUUCUUCUGGCACGCCCACCCCUACCAAACACCUGCGUCCUUCUGCCAAGUCCAAGCAAGAGAAUGAAACGGGGGACAAGGCAGCGCUGGAGUCCCAGGUUAAGGAACUCUUGGCAGAAGCGAAGACGAAAGACUCUGAAAUCUCCAAGCUCCGGAAUGAGCUGAAGAAAUGCAAAGACAAAGGGUCAGUUAGCUCUGAGGGGCUUGGUGCCUCAGACCAAAACUUAGACAUUUUACCAUUGUCACCUGAUGACAUAGAUCCAUUAAUUCAGACACUUCAGGAGAAGAACAGGACUUUUCAAAAAGAGCUGGCUGGCCUGGUUGAAGAAAAUCGGGUUUUGAAGGAGAAACUGGUUUCUCUAGAGCAUUCACCUCUCUCGGAAACAACAAGCAGUGGUGCUGACAGCAGCUUCACAACCCCGGUCACCCAAGAAUCAAGUUUUGGAAGCCCGACAAAAAACGUAUUGAAAGGUGAAGCAGAUGGACCAAGACAGCGAGCGAAUGGGGAAGCAGUGCGAAAGUCAGGCUCUUCCAGCAGUGAUGUGACUAAAGCAUCCUUGUCACCCGAUGCAUCCGAUUUUGAACAUAUAGCAGAUGUGCCUUCUAGGCCAACCUCCUCCAAUAGCAACCCCUUCAAGGAUUCUAGAUGCUCCACCACAGGGAGUUCUCCAAACAACGUAAGUGACCUUUCUGUGGCCUCUCUGACGGAAAGGAUACAAAAAAUGGAAGAAAACCACCACAGCACAGCAGAAGAGCUUCAAGCCACUUUGCAGGAGCUGUCGGACCAGCAGCAAAUGGUGCAGGAGUUGACAGCAGAAAAUGAGAAGCUAGUUGAAGAGAAGGCUUUGCUGGAGACCUCCUUCCAUCAGCACAAGGAGAGAGCAGAGCAGCUUAGUCAAGAAAAUGAAAAGCUGUUGACUCUCCUACAAGAGCGAUCCAAGACUGAAGACACCAAAGUUCAGGAGGGGAAAAUCCUUGAACUGGAACAGAAAUGUACAGAAGUGCUUGAGAAAGCACAGUUUGAAAGAGAAAAGCUGCUCAACAUUCAGCAACAGUUAUCCAGCAGCCUGCGGAGCUUAGAAAGGGAGCACCAAGAUGCCCAAGAGGUGAUCACGGGUGUACGAGCGGAAAACGAGAAGUUGGGUGGGCUUUUAGAAAUGGAACGCCAGACCUCCAGCACGGUGGCUAAGUCGCUAGAGGACUGUAAAGUUGCAUUAGAAGGCCUGAAGAUUGAAAACGGCUCUCUCAAAAGUCAGUUAGAAAGUGAGAAACAAAAAGCUGCUGAGAUCAGUGCAAUGGGAUGUACUACUGACAACUCUGAGGUGCAAGAGAUGUUGAAAGUGGCCCAUGCGGAGAAGGAUCAGUUAGAACUGGCUUGUACAGAGCUCAAACAAGAGCUGCUGAAGGCAAACAGUGAAGUAAAACGUGUCCAGGGUCUACUGGUCAAGGUGGAGAGGGAGUGUGGCCAGCUGAAGGAGCUGUAUGACCGGCAGGCUGAACAGCUGAGCAGAACCAGCCUGAAGCUGCAGGAGAAAACUUCCGAGAAUGAGUCUGAGAUCAAAAACCUGAAGGAGACCAUCUUUGAGCUGGAGGACCAGGUGGAGCAGCAACGUGCUGUCAAACUGCACAACAACCAGCUCAUCAGUGACCUGGAGAGUAAUGUCCUGAAGCUAGAAGAGCACAAGCUGGAUCUGGAGAGGCAGCUGAAGGCUCUGACCAAACAGAUAAAGGAGGAUACAGAGGAGUGGAGGCGUUUUCAAGCUGACCUGCAGACUGCAGUGGUGGUGGCCAACGAUAUCAAGUGUGAGGCUCAGCAGGAGCUGCGGGUGGUGAAGAGGAAGCUCCAGGAGGAAGAGGAGAGAAGUGCCAAGCUGCAGAAGGAGCUGGAGGAACUGCAGGGCAGCAGCAGGAACAGACAAAGAACUUGCAGAAAAUGCCCUGAUGAGCUCAUCAAAGUCCAUCUGAAUGAAGGUGUGCAGUCUCUGCCUGCUAGCACAGUCCUGGAGGGAUGCAAAGCCCGGCCUGAUCUUGCCAGGACUGGGACGCCUCUGACAAUGCCUCCAGCCUGAAAAGGGAAGUUUCAACUGGAGAAAGCAACUCAGUCCAAAGAGACCAAAAGUCCAGUGCACCCCAAAGUGUGAAUGCCAUUCUGAUCCACUUUUCCCCACGAGCAGCAGCCUGGCCCUUUGAUUCACCAGGCUGCUCUCUUGUGAAGAGUCCUGGAGGUGGAAACAGUUUUGAAUCUCUUUAAGACAAUUGAAAAGAAAUCUUAGGAACCAAAACCCUGAGCUUGAUCCCAGGGGUUUGGGAACUGAGCUAUCCAUUGACUUGAGUGGGGGAUGGCUGCUUUUGCCCAUGCUGAAAUCCAGCCCAAUCCUACAUUUAAAAGCUGGGUAAUAACGAGUUGUGCAUGUGGUGUAAGAAGAGUUUUUCUUAGACCAGCUUCUGUUGGUGGGAGAGAGAAGCUUUCAGGCUCCCCACAGCACUUCUUUAGACUAGCCCCAAGUACCUUUCCCAGAUCUAAAGGAAGUGCUGCAACUGUGGGAGGGGUUCUCCUGUCAGUGUGGUUAGUGCACCUCCUGGAAAGGCAGUAGCUAGGUUGUCUAUACCAGCUCUUAGGUCACCUUGCCCUGCUCACUCCAGGGCUGGAUUUUUCACACCCCUGAGUGACCAUAGCUGGGUGCAUGUAAUUUUGGAGUGUAGACUGACCUCAGAGAGCUGGAGCUAAACCGCGGGUGGAGCGGAUUGUUUAGGUUAAGUUGUUAACACACAUUGCAAGGGACCACAGGCAGUAAAGUGGCCAAUUAACACCUCUGGAAAAGGAGGGUUAGUGCGCUGCCCUAAGCCACACAGCCAGUGUCUUUUUUCAGUCCAUGGGGUUUGGUGUCUAGCAAAGUGAUUUCUUUAAGCUCCCAGGCUCUCUUUUGAAGGUGUUGUGCAGGUUUCCCGUAAGGAUGAGGAUCCAGUGGCCAGAGAGAAGCAAUUACUCUGUGAAAACUGUUUGUCCACGGGGGCUGCAGUGUAUUUAUCUUUGUGGGUGGGUGUGUAGGAUGUAACGUGUUCUGCACACACCUUAUGUGCUAUAGAGAACAGGACAGGCAUAGACCUAUUUCCUAGUGAGUCCCGACUCUGCAUGUGGUUGUGAGAACCAGGUGUAGAUUUCAUAUGAAGAUGAGGUUGCUGCAUAUUCGGUAGGUUUUUGAUGCGGCAGUGGCAAGGGCCUCACCACUAGGUGGCAGCAUCUGACUCGUGUCCUAGAAGUUUGAAAGUUGCGUGAUGACCAAGAAAGUUGGCUGCAGCCUAUCCUGCUGUAGAUUUCUCUUGCGCCAGAUCAGGCGCAGGUGCAGCCGCAGCCAUGGGAUAAAAAUUAGCUGCUUGUCCUGAACUGCUCACAAAAGGAUCCGAAGGAAAAACGACUGUCCCCCUAAAGGAAAGUUGUUCCCAUCCCCUUAACUCAGGUGAUGUAUGUGAUCAGGAGAAUUUGCUUGUGUCCUUCCUGACAACUGAAGACACUGGGAAAGCUGUCCUGGAUACCAAGCAGGACCUGAGAAGACAGUUAGAGAUCACGGCCUUGUGGGACUGGAGUUUCACAUUUUGGCCCGAGGCUUCUUUGGCUGGGAAGACGUAACAGCCAUGGCCUCUGGGCAGCAGGCUGUCUGAGUGCUGAGAACCCUCCUGACUUUGGCAUGGCCCAUGCCAUUCUGCCGUGGGACGUACUUGGACGCGCACUUGCGUUGCCUCUCGUUAUUAUCUGUGCUGGCAAUUGUUCAGUGUUGGUUUUAUAUGUUUAAAAAAUCCAUGGAAGUGCAAAAUAAAUGUGUGAUUGUCCAGAAGUGUCUGCUGCCUGCUCCUGGCCUCUCUUCUGUUCUGCAUCUCAGCAGCUCUGUGUGCUUCUUCUUUGUCUCCCUUGGAACUGAGGAAGAGUCACAAGUCACUUUGUAGCCACAGUGCCAGGAACUGCAGCCAAGGAGAUGUUUCCGGCAGCAAACAGUUACCCACCCCAGAGCCACUUAGUUUGCUUCAGAAAAGGCGCCUUGGAUUGAGAAAUGUCCAAACACAGUCACUCAGUAUUGCUGCUGCUUUCCCCAACGUGUCUAGCCUGCCUGAAUUCAAGGGCUAGUCACCGCAAGGUUGGUAACUCCUCCGUGACUGCCCCUUGCUGGUGAGCUUCCCACUAACGCUUCAAGUACCUCCCCUCCCUAGGGAAUCAAGUGGUGCGAUGCAAAACCACCCAUGUUGGGUUUGGGCUGAAUCGCUCCGGCUAGCAGCUGCCACACUCCAGUGUUCUUGCUGGGGGUAACUGUGCGCAGCAUUUCCGCCCAAGUUCUCAAGCAAAGCAAAGGCAGCAGGGUUCAAAUUCUCUCCUCUCUCUGCCAGAGAUUGGUUAUGGCGUAGGCUGCCCAACAGGCCCUUUGUAAGGGGAUUUUGCUCACAGGAAGCUGUUGCUCGGCGCUCGAGCUAUGGCUUGGCAUUAAUCAUGCUGGGGCAUUCUCAUGUCAUCUUUUCAAUUUGUUUGCUCUUGUGAGUUGCACUUCUGCCUCCUCAGACUUAAAGGCUUGAAAAGUCUGAUUGCUGUUUGCUAUCAAGGGUUUGGAGUGUUGGUGUUUAUAGUACCAUGUCGUCUAGCAACUCCAGCAACGGCCCAGGAUCCCGUUAUGCUAGACCUUGCGCAAACACUGAACAGAGACAGUCCCUGCCCCCAAGAUACUCCAGUCAAGGCGGAUGGGGAAGCGCGAGGAAGCAAUGAGACCGCAUUGGCCAGCAUGGUAGGCAGUGGUCUCGGCACCAGCAGGCUAAUAAUUGUCAAGUAUUUUGUAGCCAUCCUGCAAACGGGAGUUUUUGGAAGGGCUGUGAGGCAGGACAGUGAAGUGUCUUGGUGAGUGUUUACACAGAGCUCUUUCCAAACAUGGUUGCAGUGGGGGAGAAAUCCCAAAAAUGCUUUUUGACACUACUGAAUGAUGAUGGCUGGCAUCCUGAGUCUCAGAGGGCGGAGCUGACCUUUCUCACUGCUCUCUUCCCCCCUCUUCCCCCCUCAUCCCCAUAUUAGUCAUUUUGUUUUCAAAACCGGAAAGUAGUGAGCGCAUCAAACCAGGCUGGCCUGUGUGAUGUAGAUUGGAGUAAGUGGGUCCCAGGCACAAAACACCACCAUGGUGAGAUUUCCUGCUUGGGAGACCUCACCAUCGCAGUCAUCCCAGACAUUCAUUUCAGGACACGUUUAGAUGAUAAAAUCAGAGUGCCCAAGCAAAAUCUGGCCGCAUGGCAGCUUAGCUGUUACUGUCUCAGCAUUUAUCCGGCUGAAAUACUUGAGGUGUGUGUGCGCUCUCAGCAGAUUUCCUGGGAUAUGAGCCACAGGAUAAUGUGUUUCAUAUUUAAUCUUGCUCUGGAAGAGUUUGUGCAACCAGAAGAUCCCCUGAAGGGAGCUAAUCAAUGAAGACGUGAGCCUGUGAGAUAAGGCGUAGGCAAGCCAGAAGAGCUCUCCUAUUGAUGGCCCCCCUCAGCCAUAAACAUGUGUUUAUCACUUCAUGUUUCUUUCCUUUUCCCCCUGGGUAGAAUCUACAGCCAGUUCCCAUAGCUUAGAUGGGGCUUUGGCUCAUUCCCUUGGCUUGGCCUUACCUUCCAGAUGUAUGAACUUGCCCAAACCUGUGUCUCUAUCCUGACCUUCCGAACUCUUAACAUUAUGCCACAAACUUCCCGUUCCCUUUCUGCCUGGGAAAUCAUGCAGAGAUCCUGUCCACUGGUCUCAGUCUUUACUUCCUUACAGAGGAACGUGUGAAAUGGUUGGCUGACCCAGUCCUGCUGGGCAUCCUGUAGCAGAAGUCCAUGAUUCCCCCCACGUGUCACUAGCUGCAGGACUCAUUUUAGCCAUUGUGUUUUCUUACAAAUGAAGUCCAGAUGCUGCUGCCUGUUGACAUGUUUGUGUUUAAUGAAGCCAUGAGUGGGGGAAGGGGGUGAGAAUUUGGGGCUAAUCAUCAGAACACUGGAUCCUUCAGAGCUCAGUGAAUCUCGUCCAGCUUUUCUUUUCCUCCUCCUUGGAUUAGAUGGAGAAUGGAAUGAAAUGGCUUUCCUCAAGCCAUCUGCAUCCACAGGCCUUUCCUGGCUCGCAGGGAGGCUGAGUGAAUUAGCAAAGAAGUAGCCAGUGUCUGCUGAUAGACAGCACCUCCUUGAGCAUGGCCAGAAAAAGAAGCAUGAGUCACUCUUUUUUUGGUCAUUCUUUGAUACCUCCAGCCCCCUUGCAUUUUGUAGCAACAACUUGGAUGCCAAAAGGAAAAUAAAACAAAAAGAUCGACCUCUACUUUUAGCCCAGCAGGAACUGUGCACCUCAGUAGGCACUUUCUCCAGGGAAUUCUGGCCCCAUUCUUGUGCUGAAUUCCAUAGCUCUCUUUUCCUAGCCCAGCUCUUCAUGGGGGAAGCAGUGGUGCUCUAGGAUCUGCUGAUCAGUCCACUUAGCUUCAUGAAAACUACGUCAUGAAAGACUGUUUGCAAAUAAACAGCCUCAGCCAUCUCUGCCCGGCUUUCCUGAAACCUAAGUUAGUUUUGUGAGGUCAAAGCUGGCCCAGGCGGUGAUGGGUGAGGCUGCCAAGGAUGUAUAGUCAAUUCCUGGACAAACACCAGUUGUUAGAUGAAUAGAUUAUCAAGCCAGAAGGGACUACUGUUAUCUGUCAGAGGGGUGGCCGUGUUAGUCUGAAUCCGCAGAAACAACAAGAAGUCCUGUGGCACU